GCUACCCGGGCCCAGCCCCGCCUGCGCCCCUAUAAAACGCCUUCCCGGGCUCUUUGUGGGGCCGCGAGCUCGGAGAGAGCCGGCAGCAGGGCUGUCUCUGCCAGGCGCACCCCGCGAUCGCCCGGUUUCCCCGCAUCUAACUCGCUGCGCCCCGGCGAGAGCGCCCUGCCGUUGCGCACGGAACAUCCUCCAGCUGCGCGCACGCGGGGACCCCUUCUUUAGAGCCCAGGGGUGCGGGUCAGCUUCCUCUCGGACUUCAUGUCUGUGCAUUUCCCCAUUCACUGCCCUGAUUUCCCGAGUUCCGCGGAGAUGACCGAGGUGAUGAUGAAUACCCCAUCUAUGGAGGAGAUGGGCCUCAGCCCCCGUAAAGACGGCCUUUCCUACCAGAUCUUUCCCGACCCAUCGGACUUCGAGCGCUGCUGCAAACUCAAGGACCGUCUGCCAUCCAUCGUGGUGGAGCCCACCGAGGGCGAGGUAGAGAGUGGGGAGCUGCGGUGGCCCCCCGAAGAGUUCCUGGUCCAGGAGGAUGAGCAGGACAACUGUGACAAGACGGCCAAGGAGAACACGGAGCAGUAGACACCCCGCAGGUGGCCCUGGGAUGCCACCCACCUCACCGGCCUCCCUGAACUGUUUGUUCUUUCCCAGAAUGGCCAGAGCAGAAGCCACUGGCGUAGACACUAGCCGGCGAUGGCUUUUGUGUACCUGCGAGUCACUGAGCUGGUGUCUUUCCCUUUCUUUUCCCUUUUCUGAGAUGUUGCAGGCAGGAAGCCCUGAGAGAGGACUCUGAGCUGCAGGGCUGGGCUGGGAGUCUGGGGGUGGGGGUGGAUCUUGGGGUGCAUAUGGGGGGACAGUGCAAAGCAGCAGGGGAAGCUUCGAGGGAGGAAACAAUGGGAGAAAACCCAAGUGAAGGCUUGGGAGGUCUACUCAGAGCCCCUCUCUCUCCCUGGCCCUUGCCCCAAGGCGCACACCCUGACUUUGCUUCUCUAUUAGCUGUACUUUUUAUCUCUGGGGAGACAGAAAAGGGGGACCAGGAGACAAAAAUGAUGUUGCCGGGCUGGAUGGGCUUUUUUUCUGGUUCCUUCUCUACCAGGCCUGUGCCCCAGGCUGCAGCCACUUUUGGGGGCUCCAGAAGGUUCCCAGCUCUCAUUUCCUUCUGGAAAUAAUUUUCAGCUUCUCCACCCUCAUGUCACCUUUCUGAGCCUCCCAGCCUUUUGGGGGAGUAGAUGGAGCUUUUCCCUGGCAGAUGCUUCAGCAGAAAAGUUCCCCCUUCUCCAUUUCCCCCAAGAUUGGCUCUGAGUCUGGGCAGAAGCCCAGGGUUGCCCCCAUCACACCCCAUCAACUCCUCUCACCUUUGGCAUCAGCAGGAGUCCCAAUGUGAGACCUCCAGCAGCUGUGUGUGGCGUCUGGGAUGGGCCACACAAGGGACAGGCUGCUCUUUCUGUUUCUUGCCUAGGAAGGACUUUCCUGCCUCUCCCCUUGUUAAUGUCAGAUUUGGGGGUUAUGGUUGCCCAAGGCACUCCUGCUGCAUUUUGGGGUGUCUUGAGCAUCUCCCCAUGGAAGGGUGGAUGGUGAGGGAGCCAGAAGCAGUAUCCUCAGCCCCCCUCAGUUUGCUGGUCCCUGAAAGGGCAGAGAAGUCUGCUAGAAUAAGGAGGCCCCAUCUUGAUUAGAAGCUUCUACAACAGACUAUGGGACAGGCUCUUCCAGCCAUCACAGAGCAGGACUGGAUGGCCAGAAAGAAACCCCACCCUCUACUCCCCAGUCCCCACAGCCUUCCUAAGGUUCUCCCAUGCCUUCCAGGUACCCCCUUAUGCCUAAAGUCUUUGGUCAGCCCUCCUCACCCUCUUAGGGGCUUGCAUGUAGAGUUGGGUUUGGUACCCCCAAGUCAGGGUGACCCUAGAGAAGCUGAGGGUGGGCUGUAAACUCAGGCAGGUGCAAGGUUUGCUUGGGAAAGCCCCAGACAUGCCUCCCCCGUCCCUCAAAGCUGUGCUGUGUUGUCCGCUCCUGCCCUACCCUUCAAAUGCAAUAACUUCUCCCAGCCUUGCAGAAAGGGGAGAGAUCUGGAACCCAUGUGGGGUUGGGGGGGAACCCCUGGGCUCUUGCUUUUCUCCCAUCCAGUGGCCGAGCAAGCCUUUCCCGUCCUGCCCAGCCACCAGCCACGACCCCUUCCCCUCUCUCUAUCUCCCCAACCCCAUGCCUCCCUCCAUGGAUGGGGUUUUGCCUUGGAGAAUCCUGUGUCUCGUGUGCCCUGUUCUGUCCUGGUCUUGCCCUGUGUUGGAGAUGUGCUUGUAGACUGCAUAACAAACUGACUUGGUGUCUAUGUGUGUGCUUGGGGUGGGGGGGUGUUUCCUUUUUUUUUUGUUCUACUGGGCUCUGGCCCCCAUUGUAUGACCAUGUGGAAUUGGAGCAGGCCUUGUGUGUAGGGGGAGGUCUGACCCUCCUCUCGGCUCAGCCUAUUGGGGGGGUGGGGGGGGCUCACUCAGCCCUUCUUGAACAAGUGGCUGAGCUCCUUUCUGGCCGCCCAUUUUGUUUUGUUUUGUUUUGUUUUUUUUUUAAAGUAACUCGUGUGUGUUUCUAACUGAUCGUAUUGAGAAACAAACAGCCCUAGUAUCUCAGUAAACACGCCUGUUGUAAGAGAAACCUGUAACUUCUAUCUGUUCUUUUUUGAGGCUCAGGGAGAAACUAGCUUUGUUGUGUUCUGUUUUGUUUGUUUUCUGAACUCGUUUUUGUCACUGUGACAGUUGUAAAUAAAGUUUGAAAAUGCUUUCCA